AUGAGUAGAACUCAAAAGCUUUCUCUUCUCUUUCACUUUCUGCUCUCUUUUCCCCCAUUACAGGUUAUCUCAUCACCAAGAACACAAGCAGAAGCUCUAAUCCAUUGGAGAAACAGUUUAUCUUCUUCACCUCCUUCUCUCAAUUCAUGGUACCUCACCAACCUCAAUAAUCUUUGCAACUGGACUGCCAUUUCCUGCGACCCCACUGGAGCAGUCUCCAAAAUAAACCUUUCCAACUUAAACAUAACCGGAACUCUGAACCAAUUCAACUUUUCUUCAUUUGCAAACAUCAUCAGCUUUGACGUGAAGAAUAACAAUAUAGAGGGAACGAUACCAGCAGCUAUUUGUAGCCUCUCCAAGCUCACUUACUUGGACUUGAGUGUCAACUAUUUUUCGGGCAACAUUCCUGUUGAGCUGGGAAGAUUAACAGAGCUUCUGUAUCUUAGUCUUUAUGACAACAAUCUCAAUGGUACCAUUCCUUAUCAACUCAGCAAUCUUCAAAAGGUAUGGUACUUGGACCUUGGAGCAAACUUUUUGGAAAACUCUGACUGGUCUAAAUUUUCAAGUAUGCCUUCAUUGAUGCAUCUUAGCUUUUAUAAUAAUGAACUUACUUUAGGAUUUCCUGAUUUCAUAUCCAAUUGCCGGAACUUGACCUUUCUAGAUUUGUCAUACAAUCGGUUGACCGGCAUGAUACCAGAAUGGGCUUUCACCAAUCUGGGAAGGACUAAAUAUUUCAAUCUUACUGACAAUUUAUUCCAAGGACCAUUGUCAUCAAACAUUUCCAAGCUUUCCAAUCUCAAACAUCUUCGUCUACAAAAUAAUGGUUUUAGUGGUCAGAUUCCUGAAAGUAUCGGUUCGUUGUCUGGUCUUGAAAUUCUUGAGUUGUAUAACAAUUCGUUUGCAGGGAAUAUUCCAUCUUCUUUAGGCCAACUUAGGGACUUGGAGCUACUUGAUCUCCGAAUGAAUGCCUUGAAUUCAACAAUUCCUCCUGAGCUUGGCCUUUGUACUAACCUCAGUCACUUGGCCUUGGCCGUGAAUCAACUAAGUGGGAACUUGCCUUUGUUCUUAUCCAAUCUGAGCAAAAUGGUCCAUGUAGGUUUAUCUGAUAAUUUUUUCACAGGUGAGAUCUCACCUCUUCUUUUUGCCAACUGGACUGAAUUGCUCUCUUUGCAACUUCAAAAUAAUUUGUUGUCUGGACAUAUUCCCUCAGAAAUCGGACAACUGUCAAAGCUCAAUCUUCUUUUUCUGUGCAAUAAUACACUUUCUGGCUCAAUUCCCCCUGAGAUUGGAAAUUUAAAAGACUUGCAAAGUCUAGACUUUUCAGAAAAUCAGCUUUCAGGAUCUAUUCCUCCAACAUUGUGGAAGCUCAAAAAUCUUCGAGUCAUGAGUCUUUUCUCCAACAAUAUCAGUGGAAUAAUUCCCCCUGAUGUUGGAAAUAUGACAUCCCUAGUAACUCUAGAUCUCAGCACUAACCAGCUGGAAGGGGAGUUGCCACAAACCAUUGCACACCUUCGUUCUCUAGAGUCAAUCAAUUUGCUCGCCAAUAAAUUUUCUGGUAGCAUCCCACGUGAUUUUGGCAAGUAUGGUAUCUUGAAAAAUGCUAGCUUUUCAAACAACAGCUUCGCUGGAGAAUUGCCAGCUGAACUUUGUAGUGGUUUGGCUCUUGAACAACUUACAGUUAAUGACAACAAUUUUACUGGGUCAUUGCCUACCUGCCUGAGGAAUUGCUCAGGAUUAACUAGAGUUCGGCUUGAUGGGAACCAAUUCACUGGAAACAUCACAAAUGCAUUUGGAGUUCAUCCAAAACUUGUUUUCAUUUCUCUUAGUGGUAAUCAGUUUAUUGGUGGAAUUUCACCUGCUUGGGGUGAAUGUGAAAACCUCACCAAUUUACAGAUGAGCAGAAAUAGAAUUUCUGGUGAAAUCCCAGCUGAGCUUGGGAAAUUGACCCAGUUGCGUGUUCUAAGUCUAGACUCGAAUGAUUUGAGUGGGAUGAUUCCCACUCAACUGGGAAAUCUGAGCAAGUUAUUCAGUCUCAACUUGAGCAACAAUCAUUUAAGGGGAGUGGUCCCUUUGAGUUUGGGCAAUUUGUCAAAUCUUGAAUCUCUUGAUUUAUCUUAUAACAAGCUGUCUGGGGACAUACCACAGGAGCUUGGGAAUUGUAAGAAAUUAUCGACUCUGAAUCUGAGCCACAACCUCCUAUCAGGUGAAAUACCUUUUGAGCUGGGCAACUUAAGCUCACUGCGGUACUUAUUGGAUCUCAGCAACAAUUCACUCUCAGAAAAAAUACCUGAUAAUCUGGGAAAUCUUACAUUUUUGGAAAAUCUCAAUAUCUCACACAAUAAACUUUCAGGAAGAAUUCCCACAGCAUUGUCUGGCAUGAUUAGUUUGCAAUCUUUUGAUUUCUCCUUCAAUGAGUUAACGGGACCUAUCCCAGCUGGUGGCAGGUUCCAAAAUGCAUCUGCAGAAGCUUUCGUUGGAAACUCAGGUUUGUGCGGAAAUAUAGAAGGAUUAUCUGCAUGUAGUCCUGUGGCAUCAAGUGGCAAAAAGGUUCUCAUGGGCAUCAUUGUUACAGUAUCAUUGAGCUUGUUAGCAAUAUCAAUAUUCAUUGUUGCAGUUCUAAUAUCUUGUCGCAAGAGGGAACCACAUGACGAAGAGAUCAAAGGUGUAAAAAAAUAUGAGUGUUCUGAGUCAAUGAUAUGGGAAAGAGAAGGAAAAUUCACACUUGGAGAUUUUGUUAAGGCGACUGAUGACUUCAAUGAAAAGUACUGCAUUGGAAAAGGAGGAUUUGGAACCGUUUACAAGGCUGUAUUGGCUACAGGUAAAGUUGUUGCAGUCAAGAAAUUAAAUAUAUCAGAUUCAAGUGAUAUUCCAGCAAUAAAUCGCCUGAGUUUUGAGAAUGAGAUUCGAAUGCUGACCGAAGUAAGGCAUCGGAACAUCAUCAAGUUUCAUGGGUAUUGUUCUAGGAGGGGCUGCUUGUACUUGGUUUAUGAGUAUGUUGAGAAAGGAAGUUUAGGAAAGGUAUUGUAUGGGGGAAAGGAGCUUGGUUGGGCUACAAGGGUGAAGAUUGUGCAGGGAGUGGCUCAUGCAAUUGCCUACUUGCACAAUGAUUGCUCUCCACCAAUUGUUCAUCGUGACAUAUCUUUGAAUAACAUUUUGCUCGAGUCAGAUUUUGAGCCACGACUCUCAGAUUUUGGCACGGCAAGACAGUUGAAUAGAGAUUCUCCCAACUGGACUACAGUUGCUGGUUCCUUUGGCUAUAUGGCCCCAGAGCUGGCGCUUACAAUGCGGGUCACAGACAAAUGUGAUGUUUAUAGCUUUGGAGUGGUGGCACUAGAAGUUCUGAUGGGAAGGCACCCAGGAGAACUUUUAUCUUCACUAUCAUCACUAAAAACAUCAAUGUCAAAUAAUCCAGACUUGUCUGUAAAGGAUGUGCUAGACCCGCGGCUUCCAUCUCCUACAAGCCACUUAGCAGAGCAGGUUGUUUUUAUAGUUAGGGUUGCCUUAGCAUGCACGAGUACAACUUCAGAGGAACGACCUGCCAUGCAUUCCGUGGCACAAGAACUAGCACUACGAAGAAAAGCUUGCCUGCCUGAGCCACUGGAGAAUAUCACUCUUAGCAAGUUAACGGGCUUUCCAAGAUAUAACAGAACAGGAUGAACUUUUUAUUUUGGUUUGUCAAGGAACCUGCCUACCAUUUUCUAGAUCACAAUUUAGGGAGCUAGUACUACCCUGGAAUGAUGUACAACAGUAAUGAGGUGCAUAUACCCUUCAUGUAACUAUUUACUGGAAUAAGGAUAUAUUUAAUAUGGGCUACUAUUACUGAAGUUAACUAGGUCCAAACUGCAACUGCAAGGUUUUGAAGUAUUCAAUAUAUAUGCUGCAUUAACAUUCUUUAUUUUGUGUUUCCCAU